GUCAGUUUCGGGUUUGUGUGAUUGUUGUUCGGGUGAUCCGCGUUCAAUGUUUUGGUGAAAAUUUUGAUGAUUUUGUGCAAAUUAUAGGUCAAAUUUUAUUGUGUAGUGUUCGAAAAGCCGCUUGUUAAAGUGAAUCGACCAUGGCCGUACUAGAGGGAACGCUGUCCAAGUGGACAAACGUGAUGAAGGGAUGGCAGUAUCGCUGGUUCGUGCUGGAUGAAUAUACUGCUGGAGGACUUCUAUCUUACUACACGUCCAAAGAAAAAAUGAUGAAAGGUGUUCGAAGAGGAUGCGUCCGGUUGAAAGGGGCCGUGAUCGGCAUUGACGACCAGGACGUCAACACCUUCACGAUCACCGUGGACCACAAAACGUUUCACUUUCAGGCACGGGAUGCGGAUGAACGCGAAAAGUGGGUCCGCCGGCUAGAGGACACUAUCCUGCGGUACGCGAACCGAAGCCGGGCCCUGUGGGAACAACAGUAUAGCGGAGGAGGCAGUGCCGGCAGCACCUCGUACGGAACGCCCGGAUCCAGCACGAGACGCACCAACAACUUGGCCCUGUUCGACAAGAAAGUCACCGAGGCCGACGCUUAUCUGCAGCUCAUGAUCGAACAAACAACGAAAAUUGACAACAGAAUACAAACAUUAGAGGAAGGUGAGGAAGCACUCUGCCUGAAGGGUAUUCACGAUCAUGCUAAUGCAAUGCUCGACAACAUAAAACACACCAUCGUGCUGCUUCAGAUAACUAAGAACACAGCGAAUCCGAUCAAUGGCGUCUACCAGGGCCAACUUAUGAACAAGUCGGAAACGGAAACCGAAGCCAGUGACACCGACCUGAUGACCGUUCCGAUGCCGGCCUCGGUACAGACUGGCAUUGAAGUGGGCUCCGAGUGCAGAGAAAACCGGCGACGCAGCAACAUAGCUCAUUCCUCAAUCGCUGUUCCCGAAACGUCCUACUCGAGCAGCGAGGGAGAGGACGACUUUUUCGACGCAAACGAUGAUCCGUUCACCUCUAGUCAAUUGAACACACCGACAAGCAAUACCCGAACACUUUCCGAUCCAACAGCACGCUUGUCGGCCGACGAGCAAUUUGCUACUGCUGAAGAUGGCACAAGUACCAGUGUUUCGCUCAAGAAGCAGGACAGCCUGGACACGUCCACUGCUUCGGCCGCCACGCCGAAUGCCAGCACGGCCGGUGGUCCUCGAAAAUCCUACGACUCCAAAUCGCUGCCAAUACGAAACGACGGAAGCCUAGACUACGAUGCCUUAUACGAGGAUGAAUCCGACAACGACCUGUCGAUGGAAUCGCACGGUUCCGUCGUGACCCAUCUGCUGUCGCAGGUUAAGAUCGGCAUGGACCUGACGAAGGUGGUGCUGCCAACGUUCAUUCUCGAGCGACGAUCACUGCUGGAAAUGUACGCCGAUUACUUUGCCCAUCCCGACUUGUUUCUGCGAAUAGCCGACCUCAACGAUCCGCGCGAACGAAUGGUGCAGGUGGUGCGGUGGUAUCUCAGUGCUUACCACGCCGGACGGAAGAGCUCCGUCGCAAAGAAACCGUACAACCCCAUCCUUGGCGAAAUAUUCCAGUGUCACUGGGACACACCCGACAUGCCAACUGGAGACGACAACUCCAACAUAGAAGUAAAGGAAGGACCAGUGCCCUGGUGUCGCAAGGACCAAUUAACGUUUAUAGCUGAGCAGGUCUCGCAUCAUCCACCAAUUUCAGCGUUUUAUGCUGAGCAUUACAACAAAAAGAUAAGCUUUUCGGCGCAUGUUUGGACAAAAUCUAAAUUCCUUGGGCUAUCGAUCGGUGUGCACAACAUUGGCCAGGGCACGGUCACGCUGUGCGAUCUGAACGAAGAGUACAUAGUCACGUUCCCUAACGGCUACGGCAGGUCUAUUUUAACCGUACCGUGGAUAGAGCUCGGUGGCACCGUAACCAUCACGUGUCCCCAGACGGGUUAUCAUGCCGACAUAGAUUUCCUCACUAAACCGUUCUAUGGAGGCAAACGCAACCGCAUUCAAGGAGAGAUUUACUCUCCUAACGAUAAGAAAUCCUUCCUGUCGAUCACCGGCGAGUGGAGCGGCCUAAUGGAGUACAAAUUCAACGACGGUAGCAAACCCUCCAAGCUCGAAACGUUUGUCGACGUGAACAGCAUACCGAUCUUCAAGAAGCAGGUGCGCCCCGUCUGCGAGCAGUCCGAGUGCGAGUCGCGCAAGGUGUGGAAGGAGGUCACGGCAGGACUCAAAAUGAACGAUAUCGACAAAGCAACGAAUGCCAAAUUCCUCGUAGAGCAGAAACAGCGCGAAGAAGCACGCGAACGGAAGGAAACCAGUGGCGAGUGGGCAAACAAGUAUUUCAAAGCAGUUGGUGAUUCGUGGAUAUACAACAAUCCAUUGCUCCAUAGGUUAACGUUGGAGAGACGUGAUAGCAAAAGAUAACAAUCUAAUGCAAACGAUGGUAGUUUUAGUGUAAGCACCAGCAGCAGGGAGCAGUGAAAAAGGCAAGUAAAUUUAGCACUACACUUGUUAAACAAAAUCAGUAGUAGAACAAAAUCAGAUAAAAACACGAUCAAACAAAAGACGGAUCCACCAAAGGCAGAGAGCGGCCUUCGACGUCCGGCAUGUCGGCCGUGUCCAAACUCCUGACGUGGCUAAGUUUAUUGGUAAAAAUUAUUUCACAUGCAGAGAAUAUAUCUGCUAGAAUGCAUUAACAGAUAAAGUUGCACCCUUAAUUGAAGAUAACGUACUUCAAAUUGCACGCCCUGUUGAAUAAAAUCACACACAAAAUGUUACCAAACCAAAAAAUUGGCGAAAACUUGUGCACAUUCGGUUUGACAUUUCACGAGCAACUCAAAAUUACCAUUUAGUUGGUAUUCCCAUCAUAAACAACUUUUGUUUGUUACCAUCUUCAGAUUAUAUUCAUCUGCAGUGAUUGUUCUAUGCAUUUAUCACAAAAUUGUAAAGACCAGUAACUCUUCCACUAGAUUCAUAAAACAAACAAAAUUUCAACAGCAUACAGACACACAUUGUUUAACGCGUCGUAUGUCCAUAUUUUUGAAUUACUAUUAAAUGAAAAUCUUUGUGAUAUGCACAAAAUAGAAAAAAAACAACUGUUUUAUAUGCAACAAUAACGUUACAUAGCAAAUACUACACAAAAAAAACACACACACACUUGAACAUUAUGACUUACAACUAUUAAACUGAACGCUUACUACCCUGAAAUAAACUCCUUUUUACCUAGAAUACAAAAAAAAACCUAUUCUUUAGCCGUUCUGUGCUACUCUAUAAUUGAUUCUAAAUCAAUACUAAACAACCAAUACUAUAACGCUCGAAAGCGAUCUGAAACGAGUUAAACAAUACGCAUGUUAACAACAACACUUGAACAAAACAAAAAAUCAUACGGUAACGAAAAGCAACACGAGAGACAACAUUUUUUGCAAAGAUGGACGAAGCAAAGGCGGCAAUUACUGUGCAUCAUUAUCAGUAUCUACAAACUUGAGCCUAGACAGCAUAGAAUAUAUAUUAAAUUGAAAGAAACAAAAAAAAA